AUGGAAACGUUGAUUCCUGUGCAAUACACCUCAGAAGAUCACAAGUACAAAUUUGCGACACAGAACUGGGAGGUCCACAAGUAUGUGUGCGACUGGGUUGACGCCGCUGUUUCCGACUACCGCUUUGUGGUUCUUCAUUGCUGGCUGGGAAACGUGGAAAUGGUGCGCAAUCUUUUGGAUGCAGGAGCCGACGUCGACGGGUAUGUCUGGGACAAGCAAGUUCCUCUAGCAGUGGCGGCGCGAGCUUGCCAUGUAGAGGUGGUCGAACUUCUCCUUGAACGGGGCGCGAACCCCAGCAGUAGCGAGUACAUGCUGGGCUACCCGCUGAUGGCAGCUGCAGCUGGCGGGAGCUUGGCCAUUGUGAGAAUGCUGCUGGAUCACGGGGCAAUUGCCGACCUCAGGGAGUGUUCGACCUUGAAGUAUGCUGUGAUGAACGAACAUACAGCCAUGGUCAAGUUGUUGUUUGAGAGAUUCGCUCCGGUGGAGCCUGAGACAAUAACCAUGGCUUUUCAAUCUGCGAGAGAGAAUGGUUUAGAGAGUAUGGUAGACCUUUUGAGGGAUCUAGAACCGAGACUCGUUUGA